AUGGGGGAAGUCCAAAGCAUGAGGACAUCUCCGAUUCCAUCACCGGCCGAGGCUCCUUCGCCUAUUACCGCACCGCAUCUUGAUCCCUCUUAUUCGGUUUCGAGUCUUGCUCAUGGCAGAGAUGGCUUUACUGGGGAAGGAAUCCCGGCGAUAGAUAGCUUCGCGCACAAAUCCCACGCUCGCUCGCCUCCGGGGUCGCAUGACGAGACUGCAAAAGCAGAGAGUAUAUUAUCAUCCGCUAUAAAAGCUCACGUCAAUCAGGAGAAGGGCUCUCACGAAGAUGGUCGAACCUCUCAGACCCUCAAGGAACUUCGGAGACAAAUGGAAGAAUUGCUUGUUUACCAACAGUUGCAGCAAUCGCAGAAUUCCAAUUCGACAGAUCACAGGGAGCAGACUUCCAUAACCUCUGCGCCGCACGAAUCAAGCAAGAAACGGCGCCUAUCAAACCUUUCACCCCCGAAAUUCUCCCUUUCGUCUACCGGGGCAGUAGCUUCUACUUCCCAUUCAGAUUCGACCGGAUCUGGCGGCACUGUUAAAGCUUUCGAUUUAGAGGAUGAUGCCGAAAACCCCAUUGGUCAGACACCGUCGUAUCCCUUCCCGAAGAUACAUGCACAGGAGACGACGAAACAGCCGCAAAAUCAUACAACUCCUACUGGUCACUUCAAGUUGACGCUGCCGGCUGAAAAGGUGAAGAUUCACAUGACACCCUCAGAACCUAAAGACGAGCGGAGGUCGGCCACGGUCAAAGCAGCGGUGGUGUCACAGAGCGCAUUCCUCCCGCCAGACCAUAAACCUGUACCUGACGACCCGUCAUACCCUGCCCCGAACCUUUAUGAUAUUACAUUGCAGCUCAAUGCUGAUCCUGGGCUUGAGGGUUGGUGGGCAAAUGUUGUCGAUAUCUUGAAAACUCACUAUGGCGCUGAUCGAGUGUCGCUCGCUGUACCCGGUGACACAACAGAUCUUGAAAACGUUCCUUGGGGCCAGAAGGCGGUUUACAAUCGUGAUUCGACAUGUGACUUCGAGCAGAGUGAGGACACAGCACCGGCUCAUAGCUCUUCUCACAAAGAACCUGGGGACGUUGCAAACAUAAAGAAGAAGGAAGCCUCCGGGAACGGCAAAAUUGCACCCGCGACUGUUCCGUCAACUCUCCCCAAGCGACCGUCACUCCUAUCUAGACACUCGUUUGCAGGCUUCGGUAAGGACAGGGCGGUCUCUACUGGAUACGAGCCAAGUAGUAGACUUCAGUAUGUUCAGACACCGAAGGAAGCUGCAGCUCUGGAUAACAAACAUCCGCGCCGAAUUGAGAUGCCGGCCGUCGCCGAACAUGAAUCUGUUUCCGAGCGAGGAAACGUCGCAACCGAUGUGCAUUCUUGCGACCCUUUGAAUCCCGCUCAAUGUAACUAUCGGCAGGCUGUUUUCCCUAUACCUAGGCCUUUGGAGGUGGAAGCCGAUCCUCUCAUCAAGCGAACAGGGGUUGUGAAACUCUUUGGGCGCACCAAACCUGUUGUGCUAACCCGAGAGUACUCAGAAAACCCAGCCGCUGCACCCAAAACGCCUCAUGAUCAAUUGGCUCAAACUCCGGAAGACCGGGUCCAAGUUACUCCUACAACAGGACCUCCUAGGCCGCCUCAGCCAAAGUUGCACUAUGCUCGCGGCAGAUCGGCUUCCAACGUCAGUGGGUCCGAUCCUUAUCCGCAAACCAUUCCGUUGAUGCAAGUAUACGACGAAUACGAACAAGUUCCGCCGUCCCCUUGGUCGCAAUCCCCUGCGCCUUCUCCUGCACCCCGUAUGCACGCAGAUCAAAACCCUUUCUUUACCAGCCACACCGUCGACGAAAKCGCAUUUGCACAGCACCCUCCCCCUCAUGACUACUCAAAUACAGAACCCUUAGAAGCAAUAGGGGUGGACCUGGCUAAGUCGGUGGUUCAUAUUCCGCUUCUGCAUGCCGGACGCUCCAAGGAGACAUCGCCGUCUACUCUGCGGUUCCCCGUUGCAAUCAUCUCUAUACUGUCGCCAAUCAUACCCUAUCCUUCGAAUCUCAGGCAGUCAUUGGCAUAUCUUAUGCCCCACCUCACGGCUUCUUUCGGUCUCGCGCAACAGUAUAGCCAACUUGAGCGGCAACUUACUUCGCACAUGCACAUUCCUCGCUACGGUCAUAUCCUCGGUCUAGGUGGAACAUUUUCCGAUGAAAGCAGUGAGCUGGAGCUUGUUGCGGGACUCAGUGGACAUGUCAAUUACGCAUUUGCGGAUGACGUCUCUCUAUCCGCCCGCGCUAGCCUUUCCAGUCCUGGAGAAGCAUCAAACUCGACAAAGUUCAGUCCUUCAAUAUCUAAUCUUGGAACUCCGGCACUCGACCUUACAAAUUCCGGGGCUCUCAAUUCCGGCGAGUCGCCCGGGCCUGCUGCGAGAGGUAACAGCGAAGCGGUGGAUAGUUAUUUCAACGUUCAUCCGUCCAAGAGCUUCCGAGGUGCCAUCAAUCAACACCGGAAUAAAGUCUCCAAAUCGAAGAAACUCGCUGCAUCCACGCCCACUUCCCCUGGCAGGAUAUGGGAAAACCGCUCUGUAGAUGAAGAGUUGUCCGCGCAGGACCCCAACGUCGUGAUAGCGUCCCCAUUACAGGAUUCUAAGGUACCACCUAUCAUAUCGCCGACGCAGGGAUCCAACCGUCACCCUUCCACGAACUCUAUCUAUUCGCAGUUGCAAAGGGAGAUUCCGCGGCCGUUUUCUGAUACAGUAGCACAACUCAUGCUGAAUUCAGUCCCUCUUCACMUCUUCCUUGCUAAGCCUCAAAGCGGAGAGGUCAUUUGGACUAAUUCCAAGUUCGAUGCCUACCGGAGAAGUCAACCCCAAGAACAGAAGUCGAGGGAACCGUGGCAAAAUAUACAUCCUGACGAGCGCGAUCACAUCUCGCAAGAAUGGUCAAACGCUCUACGCACUGGUUCACAGUUCACAGAACGUGUGCGCGUCAAGCGAUUCAAUGAUGAUUCGGCGUACCGUUGGUUUAUAUUCCGAGCCAAUCCCCUGCUGUCGUCUACAGGCGAGGUGUUGUAUUGGAUUGGGUCUUUCCUUGACAUACAUGAGCAGCAUGUUGCAGAACUGAAAGCCGCACAAGAGCGGCAGAAGUUCGCGAUCGAUGCUAAAUAUCGAGCAUUCUCCAACUCGAUCCCACAAGUCGUGUUCGAAGCAACUGAACAUCGGGGCCUUAUCUUUGUGAAUGAGCAGUGGCAUCUCUACACGGGCCAGAAACUUGAGGAGGCUCUUAACUUCGGCUUCGCAAAGCAUGUGCAUCCUGACGAUUUGGAGAAAUGCGGCCCGCUCUCCGUUUACAUUGCAGAUUUGGGAAAUAAAGCGCCCGCCGACCCUACUGGGAAGGAAGAUUGUGCUGGAAAAGAGAAAGCAGGAUCCCCGGGGCGACAGUUCAGCCAGGGGGUCACGCCUGCAUUGGCUGAGCUCGUUAGGCUUGGGAUCGCUUCGGUGCAGAAGGACGAGAAUGGGCGAGUGUUCUAUUCGACAGAGAUGCGCCUUCGUUCCAAAGGUGGCGACUACAGGUGGCAUCUUGUACGCCUGGUUCGAGUUGAGACAAGCAGUUUUGGCAGUGGAGAAGCCUCCUGGUAUGGCACUUGCACCGAUAUCAACGAUCGCAAAAAUCUGGAGAGGGAACUCAACAAGGCAAUGCAACAACUGAACAAUCAGAUGGAGUCGAAAACGAAAUUCUUCAGCAAUAUGUCACAUGAGAUCCGAACUCCGCUCAAUGGGAUUCUUGGCACCAUUCCAUUCAUCCUUGAUACGCAGCUUGACACUGACCAAAGGCGAAUGCUCGAUACCAUCCAAAACAGUUCGACUAACUUGCGCGAGCUGGUGGACAAUAUCCUCGAUGUCUCUCGGGUUGAGGCUGGAAAGAUGUCCUUGGUCAACUCCUGGUUCCAUGUCCGGUCUGUGGUUGAGGAUGUGAUAGAUACCAUUUCUUCUAGAGCUCUCGACAAGGGACUCGAGCUCAAUUACUUGAUGGAUGUGGAUGUGCCACCUAUGGUAAUUGGCGAUAGGUUCCGCAUCCGGCAGGUCCUCAUCAAUCUCGUUGGCAACGCGGUGAAAUUUACCGCUCAAGGAGAGGUGCACAUCAGCUGUAGUAUCUAUCGGGAUGCUUCGGUGCCUUUGAAGGAGACGGAGUUGUUAUUGAGUUUCGAUGUUGUCGACACCGGGAAGGGAUUCAGCGCCAGGGACGCCGAGCGCUUGAUGCAACGGUUCAGCCAACUAGGAGAAAAUGCCUCUCAGCAAAACGCAGGUAGUGGACUGGGGCUAUUCUUAUCCAAGCAGCUGGUCGAAAUGCACGGGGGGCGGUUAACUCCCAGUAGCAAAGAGGGACAGGGUGCCACAUUCUCGUUCUUUGUCAAGGUCGAUGCUCCGCCUCCUCCUUCACCGGAUGACCCUCGUCUAGUUCGACAGUCUUCGAGCACGUCCGAUCUCGGAACGCAGUCAAAACCCGAGUCGCUGCAGAGACUGCUCUUCUCUAGAGAAUCUGCUGACUCCAGGGGAUUAGAUCCAGCUGAUCUGUCUCCCGCCCUCGAAUCACCCCUCUCUCAGCCAUCCAGUAGCUUCGACCCCUCAGUGCGUUUUGCAUUCAACAACUUUUCCGAGCGCUCGUCGAUGUCGUCGGCUAUGCCGACCCCAGAGAUCCAUGGCACAGACCCACUGCCAAAAAUUGAGUCUGCUAGUCAUCCCAAUCAGUCAGAUGACAACCAGAAACAAGGGAUAGCACCGACUUCCUCCGACCAGGAUGCUUCACGCUCCCCGUAUCGGCCCUCGGCGUCAGGAUUGCAACCCCCGGCUAGGACAUACCAGGUCUCCGAUACUCCUCGAAGCCUCUACUCCAUCGUCAUCCUGUGCCCAUUCAACCACGCCCGCAAAGCCAUUAAACAGCACAUCGAGCAGGUGGUUCCCCAUGAUAUUCCAUUCUCGAUCGCAUCCAUGCCUGACGUUGAAGACUGGAGGGACUCAAUGAAUGAUGGUGCCGUAUCUCAGCCGACUCACUUGGUCCUUAACCUACCAAGCGUUGAGGAGGUGUUGGAUAUGAUCUCGUAUGUCGCGGACUGUGAUCAGGCCACUGCUCCCGCGCUUGUCAUCAUUUCCGACCUCGUCCAGAAACGUCAGAUCAAUUCGAGGUUGAAGGAUCUGUCCUCGAGCGGAAAGCGCGUAUUUACCGUUCCGAAACCGGUCAAGCCAUCGGCAUUCUCGGCUAUAUUUGACCCCGACAACCAGCGCGAUCUGAGCAAAGAUAGGAAUCAAGACAUGGCCCGAGAGAUCAACAAUAAUUUCAAGACCAUGUCGAAGAUGGUGAAGGAGGUCAUCGGGAAUAAAGGGUAUCGGAUAUUACUGGUUGAGGAUGAUGAAACGAAUCGCAUGGUCAUGCUGAAGUAUCUUGAUAAGAUCAAGGUCAUGGCCGAGACUGCAACCAACGGGCAAGAAUGCACAGAGCUAGUGUUCUCCAAGGAACCGGGUUACUAUUCUCUGAUCAUUUGUGAUAUCCAAAUGCCGGUCAAGAAUGGCUACGAAACAUGUCGUGAGAUCCGCAAAUGGGAAUUGAAGAAUCACUAUCCCCAGAUUCCUAUUAUGGCUCUCUCCGCUAAUGCGAUGACCGAUCAAAUCGAGAAUGCUGCACGUGCUGGCUUCAACGAUUAUGUGACGAAACCUAUCAAACACAACGAACUAGGAAAGAUGAUGAUGGGACUUCUCGCCCCUGAUCGCCCUUUGCUUCUUCUUCGCGAUCGUCUAAAACCUGAUCACGACGGUCAUUUGUCCGAUGCAUCGCACUCUCAGUGA